AUGUCUUCGCUUCUCGAUGUGGCCAAGGCGAUGAACGCCGAAGCCGCGAGUAACAGUGCCACUUUAUCGCUUGUUGACGUUGCUAGAGCUGGAAAUGAUGCGAAUAGUUCAGUGAAGCCAAAGACACUCGUGGACGUGGCUAAACAGGAAACGCAACCGAAGCAAACACUACAGCAACUAGCCCAAGAGAUGGAUGGACAAGAUCAAUUCAAGAUUCGAGAGGCUCUCGAGUCAACUGCAAAGGAAGUGAAGACGGAGCGACAAGACCUUCGUUCGCAGGUUCUCAAGCAAACGACCUUGAAUUUGCAACAGGAGGAGCAACAAGCUGCAAAAGUGCUGCAAGAGAAAGUUGGAGAUGCUGACAAGAGCGACGACCCUCCUCCACGCACAACUCCGAGCGAGUCCAAGGAAAGCAAAGAGUUUAUGCGAGCCGUGUAUCGAGCCGAUAAGCACCAUGUCCGAGAUAUGCUCAACGAUGAAGCCGUUGACGCCAACACCGCAGAUCAGCAUGGUUGGAGUGGUCUGCAUUGGGCGGCGUCUCAAAAUCACAGCGACAUCCUGAACCUUCUUCUCCAGAACGGAGCUGAAGUCAACGCCACUGAUCAGAUCAACGGUUGGACUGCUCUGCAUGUAGCCAUCGUACGCGAGUCCAUUUCCUGCGUUGGCAUCCUCUUGUCCUCAGGCGCCGACCCUCGUAUCCGAGACAAUUACGGUGACACUGUCGUCGAGUGUCUGCAAGCUGCCAGCAGGAAGAACAAGCUCAAAAUGCUGCAACUUAUUCAGGAAGCGCGCGGCAACAACCAAUAG